CGACGUGUCCCCAUGAACGCUUCCUCAAGGAAGCUGUGGAUCUGUCCUCUGAAACUCCAGUGUCCUUCGGUGGUCCAAAGCACCACUAAACCCUCAUGGAUCCGACCAGAGGUGACAGCCGUCUCAAGCAUGAUUUGCUUUCCGUUGUUCUUCAGCACGAUGUCGAACCUUGGAAUCUACAUAGGAAGUCAGCACAGACACCUCCUUCACCAGCAGACCUCGAAAUGUUGACGUCCCUUCAUGCAGCGCUCUGCUACAUUCGUCUUUAGCGGUCAUCGAGAAUGUGAGGGAGUAUCAUAUCUAUGGUGAUUCACGCCCCUCUGAAUUUUUACUGUCCUUGCGUGCUUCCAGUUUGCCGUGGAUUGAGUCGACCCGGCCCCUGGUGAAAGUCUGUCGCAUACGAUCCUGUUCGAAGCCAUCUUGAAGAUCUGCAAGGCCUGCAGUCGCUGAGCAUCAUGCAGCUGCGACUUGACUGCUAGGAAGGUACCACCACUUCACCCGACGUAAGAAGCUUUGGGCUGAUGCGGCAACUGUUGGACAUUGUGUUUGUCACAACUUUCGGCAGUGCCUUCCCCGGAUCUCCUCCUGGGCGCUUGGGCAGAGGAUACCGUCGCCAUCUAUUCACUCCUCCCCACUGGUCUUUUCCGGGAAGCCAGCCCUCCUGCCUCCUAUCAACGACAAAUGACACCAAUUCUACACGAGAUCCAACCAUUCCCAGCCUAGAAAUCCAGGAACCGAAAAUUUAAACUUUGAGUCAAGGGAUUCUAAGGUCGCCGCUGUUUUGACGGUUAUUUGGACCCCAUUUUCCAACAUAAAUCACCCAGUUUCGCUGGGUCUCUCUUCCUUAUCACGCCCACCAUCACCACCACCACCCCAACGCUCCUUGUCUGUCCUUCUACAAACUAAAACAUACAUCAUUUUAGUCUACUUCCACAAUGCCUCUUUCGCGACUCGUCCUCCCGUCUUUUACGCUCGUUCUGAGCAAUUCGGUUACCCUGCGCGACUUCCAACGCGCACAGACUCGCGAAAUUCACAUUCCCGUCCAUGCUCCAUCAAGCGACGAGGAAUUUAUGCGUACGAUUGACCUCCGUGACACGGCCCCAGCCUCAGCCUUCAUCACGUAUAGGUGCACCUAUUAUCCGAAUCAAGACGCUGCGUCCCUGUUUGGCGACGAGAACGGCGAGGAACUUGCUCCAGAUGGGCACUUCUGGCGACGCUUGUUGUUGAAGCUUAAGGGCUUCGGAUGGAGAUCUUGCUCUCGCUCCUUCUUGUCUUCUGUCACUCAUCGGAUAGUCAAUGCUUUGUCGCGUCCUGUCUUGUUCCGUUGCACAAACGUCACUUCUCCUUCAUUUGUACCAUAUAUAAUUCACGCAGAUCUGUUGAAUGGUUGAUACUCAAGCCCAGAAAAAUAUAGUUGUCGUACUUUCAAUCC